AUGUAUGCUGGACACUUUGCUUUGACGACGGUUUUACAACGAUGGUUUCCCAACACUUCGCCUUACGUGCUGAGCUUUGGCGUCUGCUUCCCGGACAUUGUCAAUGGCAUUCUCUCAUACCACGGCAUUGAAGGAUUUACAAGGAAUGCAAGUUCGGGAUUAUUAGGUGCCGAUUUGCGAUGCGACUAUAGUCAUAGCUUGAGCGGGCUGAUUGCCUUAUCUACUGUUUUUGCGGUUGUAACAAACAGUGGCGUUCCUGCGCUUGUCGCGUCGUUAUCACACUUUGUGCUGGAUUGGCUCGUGCAUAAUUCCGACCUGAAGCUAGACCCUCUAUUUUACGAUAACCAAAUCAUCGGCGGUACAGGAUUUUGGGAAGCAUAUCCAGAGAUGUCUUACUAUUUCGAAGGCUUACUCUGUGUGUCAUGUGCGCUCUACGCGAAAAAAGAUAAGCUGACCAUAUCUGUUAAUGCGAUGAUCCUUGCUUUGCAUAUCCAAUUUCGUUUGUUGACCCCUAGUGUCCUGGAACAAGUACUGGCUAUUGAGGAUGUAGAGCAGCGGCAGAAAUAUGUUGGAAUGGCACUUACCUCCUCUUUUGUAAUUCCUGCUUUACUUUUUGGAUAUCUUUUGAGUAAAAGCAAUGCUAGUAGAAGCGCUGAAGCUGACCGAAAGACUAUUCUUGAUGAAGCAAAAGCGAAAUAG